CCAAAAACCCUAAUCGGAGAUCUUCUUGAGCCACCAUGCAGCAACUUGAGACGACAGCCGAUGAGAUUCGCUCCAUACGGGUCGACGGGCUGGCGCCGAUGAUGGAUGAGACCUAUCUCUUCAACUGCUUCUGUGACAACGCAAAGGUUGUGGCUGCAACGGUUUUGCACAAUCGGCGAACAGGAUUGCCGCUAGAUUAUGGUUUUGUGGAGUUUGCUUCUCACGGCGAUGCUGAGUUUGUCUUGGAUUCGUACCAUGGUGAGCGGAUGCCCAACUUCAAUUAUGAGAGAUUCUGUCUGAGCUGGGACACUGAUGGUUCCGGUACAAGGUGGCGCUGGGAUUAUACUUACGAGAGUUGCUCUUUCUUUGGUUAUUACGAGGAUGGUAAUGAAAUGGAUGCCAAGGCAUUGAUUACGCACUACAUGGACUCCAUACCCUCUGUUGUUACUACAAAGCGAGCUUACCCGCAAUCUGCCUACCCAAAUACUCGUGGAGUUUCAGGGGAGGCUUUUCCAAAUUACACAGAAAACCAGCUAGAUCAUUCAAAGUCGAAGGAUUUAAGUCCUGCUGACUAUACGGAAACCGAUGUUGACAAGCGUUUGAAGUUUACGGACAUGCCUCUUACUCAUCCUAACAUGUAUCAACAAGGAUAUGUCGGCCCUAGUCUUACAAUCCAACAGAACCAACCUCCAGACCCGAUGCAGUCGAAUGGUGGUUGUGGUGCUGGAUAUGUUAAUGACCAGCAGCUCACCCAAGUUCCUAAGGGAGAUCUGGAAAGGGUUUCCUCAAUGAAGAAUGAGAAGGAGCUCAUCGAAACUUGCGAAAUAACCAAGUGCAAGCAUUGCGCCCCCAAAAUAAAACUGGAAUCUCAGUGGCGCCACCGGGCUUGGCUCCACACCGGGGAAAAAGUCCGUGAAAGCUGCGGCGCCAAAGAGACGAAUAUGCCAUUUGGUGGUCCUCAUGACAGCACUUUCGAGGUGUACAAUAGCAGUUCUCGUGAAUGGUUGGUUCUGCCGGAUCCUCAAGUUUCCUUGCAGGGACAUGACAAUUGCAGUUUUCUUGUAAACUAUAUGAGUCUUAAUAGAUUUGCUUGUGCUGUUGUUGGAUCCAAGAUCUUAAUCUCGAACCCGGCAUUACUGUCUCUAGCCCCUCACGUUCCCAUUAUUUGCUUUGACGUAAAUGAGAAGGAAAAGAAAUGGAGAGUGAUGCCUUCCUUGUUCAAUGGUGAGCCUUUUCCCUUCGAUGGCAGGGCUUUAGUCUUGGACUUGAAUGGUACACAUGAUAAGGUCAUGUUCUCCUUUCGUCAUGAGUGCCUGAUAUAUGUCUCUCGAUUAGCAGAGGAUGAUGAUACCGGCGAUAUAAGCAUCCCUCAUGAAGUCUGUUUGGGGGACCCUCACUUGGUCCGUAACUUGAUUAAAAAUGCUGCUCGACUGUCGUCCACAUUUGUUGAUCUUGGAGAUUAA